AUGACCAUCGAAUCCUCGGGUUCUCGACAGACAGGAGCAGCGACUGGAGGCGGGUCUUCCUGCCAGUCCUGCUCAGGUCUUGUCUCCGACCUUUUGCAGUACCAUCAGGAGCAAUCCAGUGGAGGUGGUGAAGGCCAAGCCCCUGUGACUCUGGAAGAGGAGCCUGAGGACCAUUGGAUGGACACCAGCAAGCCCCCAAGGUUCUUCCGUGACUCCGUCAACCACUUCGGCACCCACCCAGCUCUGGCCUCGAAGAAUGGCAAGAAGUGGGAGAUGUUGAACUUCACCCAGUACUACCAGGCCUGUCGGAAGGCUGCCAGGUCCCUCAUCAAGCUGGGUCUGCAGCACUUCCACGCAGUUGGCAUCCUGGGUUUCAACUCCAUGCAGUGGUUCAUAGCUACGCUCGGUGCCAUCCUAGCAGGAGGUCUCUGUGUUGGCAUUUAUGCCACAAACUCUGCCGACGCUUGCCAAUAUGUCAUCAGUCAGGCCAAGGUGAACCUCUUGCUGGUGGAAAACGACCAACAGCUUCAGAAGAUCCUUUCGGUAAAGCCGGAUCUGGCACGGCCUGCCACGUCCCACCCCCAGGGGAACUCUAGACUCCCGGGCUAG